UUCUUCCUUUUGCGUCCCCAACCUAUAAAAGGAGUGAAGAUAGAUUUUCAAUCGACUCAACUCGUACAAGACUUUCUUGCAGCCAUGGCCACACAGGACAAUAAAAAAGAGAUUGCUCCAUCAAUCGACGUGAAAAAUCUGAGCUACCUCUUCCAAGAUGGCUCAACUGGUUUGAAAGAAGUGUUCCUUGAUCUGCCUCCUGGCAGCAGAACCCUUCUCAUAGGAGCCAAUGGUGCUGGAAAAACGACGCUCCUCCGCCUCCUCUCAGGCAAACGAAUGGCUCCUGCGGACACAGUUUUCAUUGCCGGCAUCGAUCCAUUCAAAUUCGGUCUGGAGGGCGUCACCUAUCUCGGUCUGGAGUGGGUCCUUAACCCUAUUGUGCGAACAGACAUUGAUGUUCCAACCCUCCUUGCCUCGGUCGGCGGCGACUACUGGCACGAGCGUCGGGAUGAACUUGUCGAGAUUCUCGAUAUCGAUCUGUCGUGGCGAAUGCACGCUGUCUCUGACGGCGAGCGACGAAGAGUGCAGCUGGCCAUGGGUUUGCUUCGGCCCUGGACUAUCCUUUUGCUGGAUGAAAUUACCGUCGAUCUUGAUCUCCUCUCGCGAUCCAAUUUUCUGCAGUUCCUAAAGCGCGAGACGGAGAAGCGCCCUUGUACCAUUGUUUACGCCACCCACAUCCUAGACAAUCUCGCCACGUGGCCGACUCACCUGGUGCACAUGUCCCUGGGCAAAGUCAAGAAGUGGGGAAGUAUGCAGGAGCUCAAUGUCAAGCCUCCUGCCGAGAGUGUAUUCAAUUCGGGCAACAGUCAGCUUGGCGAAUUGGUGUUGAAAUGGCUAAAGGAAGAUCUCGCUGAAAGAGGCCCUAGGAAUGGCAAAGCAUCGGAGGGAAAGACAUACGAGAACCUAGAAGGCAAAGGAGGUUAUGGCGCUGAGAAGCGCGAGUAG